AUGCAGCCCAAAUACACCCUCAUCCGCAACGCCACCGUCCUCAGCAUGGACCCGAACAUCGGCAACCCAGCCGACUACGACAUCCUCAUCGCCAACGACAAGAUCGAAGCCGUCGGACCCAGCCUCGCUCUCCCCACCAACUCCGCAACGCUCAUCGACGCAAAAGACACCAUCAUCACACCGGGGUUCGUCGACGGCCACCACCACGUCUGGCAGCAUCUGCUCCGCGGCAUCGCCACGGACUGGACGCUGCUGGACUACUGCGUCGAGAUGCGCACGCUCUACGGCAGCCUGUUCACACCCGACGACGUCCACGUCGCACAGUACGCGGGGGCCCUCAGUCUCCUGAGCAACGGCGUCACCUGCGUGCUGGACCACUGCCAUGUCGUGAAUAGCCCUGCGCAUGCGGACGCCGCGGUGGCGGGGCUCCGGGACGCUGGCAUCCGCGGGACGUUCUGCUACGGGGAGUAUGAGAACCCAGUGCUGCCCGGGCAGCAGGAGCAGGCGGGGGAGUUUGGUUUGGGGAUGCGGAGGGAAGAUGCGCGGCGGGUGCAUGCCGAGCUGCUGGCCGAGGAUAGGCCUGAGAAGGCGCUGCUGACGUUUGGGUUUGCGCCGCGCGAGCCGGAGGCGCAGGGGAUCGAGGACACGGUGGAGGACGUGCGGGUCGGGAGGGAGCUGGGGGCGAGGAUCACGACGAUGCAUGUGGGUUUGGGGCAGUAUGAUCUGCAGCGGAAACGGGUGGUGAGGGGGUUGGCGGAGCAGGGCCUGCUGGGGCCGGAUCUGGUCUUUAGCCAUGGGGCGAGCUUCGCGGAGGACGAGCUGGUGAGUAUUGCGGGCUCGAGGGCCGGGGUGGUCGGGACGCCGGAUACGGAGCUGCAGAUGGGGAUGGGGCAUCCGGUGGUGUUUAGGGCGAGGGACGAGGGAUGUCGGGUGGGCUUGGGACUGGAUAUUACGUCGAAUCAGGGGAAUGAUUUCGUGGCGCAGAUGCGACUGGCGUUGCAGGCGCAGCGGGCGGUUGAGAACCAGGGCUUGUCGCCGCCGGUGACGCUGGCGAGGAAGACGGAGGAGGUGCUGCGGAUGGGCACGAUGGGGGGCGCCGAGGUGAUGCAGCUCGAGAGUAUCGUGGGCUCGAUCACGCCGGGGAAGAAGGCGGAUCUGGUGCUGUUCAAGUGCGAUGAUAUCGACACAGUGCCGGUGCUGGAUCCCGUGGGAACGGUGGUGUUUCAUACGUCGCCGGCCAAUAUCGACACGGUGUUUGUGGAUGGGAAGAUUGUGAAACGGGAGGGCAGGCUGGUCGGCGUGUACUGGGAGACGCUUCGACAGCAGGUCGAAGCCAGUUCGAGGCGAAUCAUGGCAGAGGCAGCAAAGGUGGACACUUCGGUGCAGAGAGAGCAGUGGAGCAGGGCAUUUGGAAUAUAG